AUGGUGGGUCCUUUUUCUAAAGAGGAGGAGCAAACAUUGCGUAAUGCCGUUGAUGAUUACAUAGGUAAUUUGCAUGGUAUCGAUCGUGACGAAGCACUACGCACGUUAUUCCGAAAACGUGGUCGGUGUCUUUCUCAGGGUGUUACUCUAGGAUGUACAGUGUUACCUGAGCGUCACCCUAAAUCUGUAUACAACUUCAUUCGUCGUCGUAUAGUUCCACAUAAGACUGGUAGAUGGCAAUGUGACGAGUUAUAUGUUCUGCUGAAUCACUAUUUUCACAAUGAAGAUGAUUACACAAAGGCAUACGAAAACAAACGCAAGUGGCGUAGCGUGUCACAACAGACUGGUAGAUUACCAGAACAGAUCCAUGACAAGUGGAAGGAGAUAGGUCCGCAUGUCGAGGUGUAUAGACCUAUUUUUGAGGAUGCAUCGUUAUCUGAGAGUGAAAAGGUAGAGCGUGUAUCGCAGUUAUCCAUCCAUAAGGGUGAUGCCAGCAACAGUCAAUGUACGGAUGGUGAGAGCGAUGAUCGUCCACGCCAUGAUCUUAUUAGUUCAUCGCAGAAGGGUAGGCUGAUGGAUGACAUGAUGCGUAAGGAGUUACAUGAUUAUAUUAGGUCCUUGGUAAACAAUGGUGUAAUUCAGCCGCCGAUUGUACAUAACAUACCUUGGAGCAUUGUGCGAGAGCAAUUUCCCGAAUUAUCGCAGUCACACUUACGUCUAACAUGGACAUUGUGCAUAUUACCUAGUGUUUUGGAGCGUCAGAUUUACGGUCUCAACAGCCUGGUUGUUGGCCGUGCUGCUGUGUAUAAAGUGUACAAGGAUCGUUUAUUUGAAGAGCGGUUGAGCCACAUAGAUUUUAGUAAGCUUUUUCCUCAGUUGCCACAGUUGUAUGUGAUAGUGUGUCUUCGAAAGCUUCUUAAAAAGUGCGUCGACAGUUUGCGCAGUGGCACCCUUCAAAAUGUCGACGUCUAUUAUAAGAAGCAGCUUGUGAAUGAUGAAUCUACUUACCUAGCACUUAUAGGGGCUACUGCCACGUUACCUAGUGCGUCUGAUGCUGUUUCUGAGGGUGACUCAUCCCAUGAUGAGUGCUCUGCAACAAAUGACGAAGAGUGUAACACGCAAGAACUAUCAUCAAAGAUGACAGUAGACGAGUCCCCUGUAAUAUAUACUCCUGCAGGUUGUAUAACAGUUACUUUGCGUCGCCAGCUCAGGCUAGCAUUUUACGAAUCUCAAGCUAAACAGCACCACGAACGUGACAUGGAGAUACUAUCACGUAUAUCUGAAACCUCGUUACCACGUAUGAUGAAUGAUUAUAAUACUAUUAAUUGA